AUGCGUGAGACACAGGAGCAACAUUCUGACAAAAAUAUAGUUCCAGUGCAACGACCCACAGGGAAAGGGUCUAUGGUCGGUAGAGCUUUUCAAUCAAAAGCUUAUCUUAGUACCGUGUCCCUUAGUAUGUUCCCAAGGGGUAAUUUAUCCUUUCGUAUAGGCAAAGGUGGCUACAAGAUUCCAAGAUAUCAAAAUACUUACCGCCUCGAGCCUUACAAAGCUUUCAAGUGCGAAGUCGUUGAUCAAAUACUGAUGGAAGUGAUGCAGCAUUAUUUAACUGACUUGAAAUAUCAGCCUCAGACUUGUAUGCAAAUCUGUGAGAAAAUAUCAGCAGAAAUGCGGGACAAAAUUUGCAGAAAAUAUUACGAUCGAUACAAAGUUGUAAUUAUUAUAACGAUCGUUCAAAAAUUAGGGCAAGAUGUGUAUAUCAGUUUUGGCAAAUUAUGGGACAUCCAGAGAGAUAAUUACUCGACUCAUGUAGUUGAGACUCCGGAAUUCGCCGCGAUGGGCCUUGUCGUGGGAACUUAUUACGAAUGAAUAUGUUGAACAAAUUAAACAAAAUAUCUAUGAAGCUACAAUUUGGUGAUAAUGAGCAAUGAACCUGGAAAAUAUUAGCUUCGAAUUAAAUAAAGUGAAAACAGCACAUUAAGCCAAAGUUUGGUUAAAGAAAAGAAAUUCCUUCAUCUUCUUACAAAAAAG